AAUAGAGUCAUUGGUUCCAGUAUGUGGGUUGUGCGAAGAUAGAGCGAGGGAAUGUCCUUGGAUAAUGUUAAGGGUUUGGUUUUAGCUAUUUCUUCCAGUUUAUUCAUCGGGGCAAGUUUCAUCGUUAAGAAAAAAGGCUUGAAAAAAGCUGGUGCUUCUGGCGUCAGAGCAGGAGUUGGAGGGUAUUCGUACUUGCUUGAGCCACUUUGGUGGGCUGGCAUUAUAACAAUCAUCGUCGGGGAAAUUGCUAAUUUUGCUGCUUAUGCAUUUGCACUGGCCAUACUGGUCACUCCUCUCGGUGCUCUCAGCAUCAUUAUCAGGCAUGCGAAUUUGUCUCUCAAAUUUAGGUUUGGCAUUUAA